UUCUUCAUUUAGUCUACAUUGCCACUCCCUCAGGAGUCAGGACAGUGCAGAGGAGAGAGAAAAUGACGGUAGGGAAAUACUACUGCGAUUACUGCGACAAGGAAUUCAAAGAUACAGCGUCGGCAAGAAGGCGUCAUCUUCAAGGUAUUGCGCAUCACCGCAAUCGCAAACUUUGGUACGAUUCUCUCUCUCUUCCCCAAGACCCUAAUUUCACACAACAGAGUUUUGGUAAUGGAGUCUGCAACCGCUUCCUCAGAACGGGUUUUUGCCCAUACGGAGAUUCUUGCAAAUACCAUCAUCCCAAGCAUAACUUGCAAGGUCCAAUAACUCAGGGUCAGGGAACGCCUAGUUUUGCUGAAAAUUUGCAACCGCAUGUAGGAGGAUUACAAGGACAUGUUGCUAGCCAAAGCUUUGGGAUGUCAUUGGGGAAUUUACCUCCAUCAUUGAGGCCUCCUCCUGAAGGAGGAUAUCCACCGCUACCAUUUGUUGAUUGGGAAUGAGCCCACAAAUCCAAUAUGGAAAGAACCAUUUGCUCAGAAGAGGUCGAAAUGGAGAGGCAUAACCGUGUUGAGCAUGCUAGUGAAAGAAGCUGUUUGCAAUUUGAUGGCAACUGAAUGAACCCACAGAGAUAGAGACUUGGAAGAAAAGAGGUUAGGGGGACUAUCCUAUAGACUAGCUCAUCUUUUCUGGCUAUUCCUUCUAUCAGUGGUUUACAUGCCCAUACUAUCAUCUCUUCUUGUACAAUAGGUUAUAUCUUGUGUACAUCCCAUGCCCCUGCAGCCCUGCACACCCUUUGCCAUAUCGGUGUGGUUUCGUGCUAUGUAUUAUAUGUUAUGUAGACCGUGGCCUAUACGUGUUUGUUUCUAACAAUUUCAUGUAUGCCAUGUGGGUUUUCAUGCUGAACUCCUAUUAAUUUUUUAAAUCUAGUGCUUGAAAUAAUGUAAAUUGGUGGCAGAAUUAUGUUCCAUGUUAUAUGCUACCGUUCAGGGUUUCUCAUUCA